AUGUAAACUAAUUCAACUCAGAAUUCGCCACCAAUCCAAUCCAAUAAUUUAAUCUAUGGUAAAUUUACAUCAUUUAGCAAAAUAUCAAUGAUUAUCUCAUUCAGACAGUCCUAACGCAUUGGAUGGUUGAUAUUAUAAAAACUGUAAUUAAAAAUUGAACAAUUCAAUUAAUAGUUCUUAAAAAAUGAGGGAAUAAUCUAAAAUGAAUUUAUUGAAAAAAGAGAUUGAGCAUGAGAGAGAUAGAAGAAUUUAUAAGGAUUUAGGUAAAUCUAUUUAUAAUAUUAUAUCAUAAAUAUUAGGUAUCUAGUA